UGAAAAAAAUUAAGAAAUUUUCAAAUGUUUAACCUGGGAGUGAAAUCUUUUACUUCUGUACUCCUUGUUCGCUAUUGUAAAUAAAGAAAUUGUGGAAAUGCAUUUGAUUAUUGAUGACAUUGUUAGAAGAAAUUUGAAAUUUCAUUCGGAUAUUGUAUUAUACAUGAGAAAAUCAUCAGUUUUGUAGUGAUGAAACUGUGUUGCGUUUAAAUGAACUGUUAUACUUUAAAAGGCUGGCGAGGACUGCCGACAUGCAGACGCCUACUGGGGCAGACGAGUCUGGACAAGGCUGUGGCAGUAGCGAUGGCAUCGCCGGCAACAUCACCCACACUGAUGCACAGCCACACGUUGCAGAUGCACGUGACUACCAGGAGGACAUUGUACGGUCUGGUAAAGACACUGUAUGGACUCUAGAAAAUCCAGUUCACUCUGAUGAAGAGCUGGUGAGUUAUGUUAGUAAAUCUCUUAGUCAUUCAUUUUUAUCUGCCAGAAAGAAAAUUUUGCAAGAAGCCAGUAAAGCUGCUGAUGAGAUUCCACAGUUUGAUGAAGUUAAUCUUCCAGACCAUUUUUCACAAACACUAAUUAAAAUAGAGGAUUCUGAUGAUGUAAUUUUACAGACAGUUAAAAAGAAACCACGUACCAUUACUAAUAACAAACGUGUUUGCAAAAUUUGCUUCAAGAAAUCUCGCAAUCAUGGUACAGUUUCUUGCCAUCAUGUAAAUGUGCAUUUUAGAUCUGUCCGGUUCAUAUGCAGCAUCUGCGGGAACAUUUUCCACCAAGAAGAUAAAUUUGUUGAACAUUGUAAGUUGCACAAUGGUGAUAAGCCAUUUUACUGCCUCCAGUGCAAUUCUUGGUUUCACUAUCUGCAUGAUCUGAACAACCACAUAAAAGAGUUCCAGGACCGCGACUUCAUGCACUGUUUCGCUUGCGGCGAGCGCUCCGCCAGGAAGUUCUUGGUGGAGAAUGGAACGAAGAAAGAAGGAUUCAUAAGGUUCACACGUAAGAAGGUGGUGAUCUCCACCCUGUAUUUCUGCGAGAAAUGCCAUCCCAGAAGCACGCACGAUUGCCAAGUCUGCGGCCAGAUGUUCAAGAAAGCGGGCGGUCUCUCCAACCACUACAACUCGUCCCAUUGCACGGAAGGGCGAUUCAGGUGCAAAGAGUGCUUCACCGGCUUCUCCACCAAGUGCAUCCUGGAGAGCCACGUAGAGACCCAUCCCGGCCGGCAGAAACCGUGGACUUGCCACGUGUGCGGCAUACGCUUCCAGUUCCAGUACCACUUGAUGAGUCACUUGCUGGACCACAAAGCUCUGAAGCCAUUCACUUGCGAGAAGUGUGGCAAGGACUUCCGCUUUGAACACGAGCUCAAGUCUCAUCAAGACAACCACGGGGCGUGUGAAUCGGAUGGUUCAUCGGAGUUGUCAGCGUUUGGUUGUGUUAUCGGCAAUGGAAAAAACUGUACAUUAAAAAUGGAAAGUGAUAUUACAUCACCUCAAGUAACUCAUGAACAUUUCCGCAAUGAAAAUGACUGUAUUCAACCUGAACUUGUUCCAUGCACAUACUUUGAUCCUAUUAAUUUUCAAGAAAAUAAGAACAUUUCAUCUGGAUGUGAAACUAACGCUUCUUCACAAGAACAUAGCAGCUUUCCGCUUGUUCAUUUGAAACAAGAAGUUUUGUCCGAUGAGGAGUAUUGUGAUGCAGUUCGAGAGCACAUUCAAAACGGUACCCCUUCAGAAGGUAUUCCUGGGGAAGGGGUUCAGAAUUUUGGUUCUCAGAAGGUUUCUUCUGGCUCUUUAUUGCCUAGCAGUACCAGUGCUGCUGGUAUAUGCGGUGACGGUGAUAGACGUAACAGACAAACUAAUAGUUUAAGCUUCUCUUCCAGUGAUACCAAUAGUAAUGCUUUAUCAGAGGAAAAGCAUUUUACCUCCACAAGUGAAGGGUUUACAGUGAAACAGGAAAGGCAAAGCAAUAUGCAAUGUAAUGGAGAGGUACAUUUUUCUCCAGUUUACAUCAAUAAAGAUAAUGGUCAGAAUGGGAGUUUUGAUAAAGAGGUUACUGCAGGGAACGAAAUAAAUAGAAAAGUAGCAUCCGAGAUCUGGCCUUUAGAUUUCCUGAGCACUGAGAUUACCUCUUGCAGACAGGAGACUCUUACAGACAUUGAUUUUGAAAUACCAAUGCAUAACGACUGCACACCACCUAAAGAUCUUUGUCAAAUGAGUGAUUUAUUAGUGAAAACAGAGCCAGAAGACUUUCUUCUCUCAGAUGAAUUGAACAUCCAGGUUGACGUAAAAGAAGAUGUGAGCAGUUGUUUAGUAGAGGAGUCUGUAGGCAAUGUGCUUCCACUUAAUCAAGAGAAUCAGCAUGGGGCAUUUCCUGUGACUUCUUACCCUGAUACAAAACUAGAAAAUCAGAGACAGCCGCUUCAGGACGAUACCGGCCAGGCCGUAGUCUCUGCAAAUUGCUGCAUCUGCAGAUCUUUCCUGGAGCCCUCCACGUCACUGCUGCAGCAUUAUCGAAACGUCCAUCAUUUUGAGCCCAACUUCCUGUGCAAGAUAUGCAACAAGUUUUUCGACACGGACUGCGACCUCCGCCGGCACACGGGCGCCGUCCACAAGUCGCCCGUGCGCUGCCUGCUAUGCGAGAGGAAGUUCCUGAGCCAGCCGGCCUUGGAGGCGCACUACAGGAGGCACAGCUGCGGCAUGCCCUAUCACUGCACCACUUGCGGGACGAGCUUCCGCGACCUGGACGAGCUGGAGCACCACCGGGGCCCCGCGGGCGCCCGGGACCAGGCCCACUACUGCGGCCGCUGCGGCCGGAAGAACGCCUGGAAGUACCAGGGGGGGCCCGGCCAGACACGCACCUACUUCUGCGAGGAGUGCGGGGCUCUCGCCUUCAAGAGGCUGGUGCUGUGCCAGACGUGCGGCCAGCUGUUCAACGGCCCGCUGCUCUACGAGAACCACUACAUCCACCAGCACACCGGCCGCCACCGCUGCCAUCGCUGCGACGCGCUCUUCGACUCGGCCUGCGCCAAGCAGGCGCACGUGGAGUCCGUGUGCGGCACGUGGCAGAUGUUCACCUGCACAGUGUGCGGCCGGAGGCUGCAGAGUCGCGACAAGCUGAGCGAACACCAACAAGUUCACCAGUUGCUUUCUUUUUGAAGUGAACUGACUGGCCAGUCUGCUUGGCUAGCACUCCAUACACCUUUUCCAUGCUUCUGCAGCAUUGAUCUCAACAGUUCACAUGACUGAACUGUGAUGAACUUGUGUUCAAGUGAUAAGUUAUUAUGAAUCCAAUCAAGUUUACUAUAAAUGAACUGCAUUGUUAAAUUUUUUAAUGUGGAGGUUUUUUUUUUGUCUCUCAUUAGCAACCGAGUCAUUAAAAAAAAUUCAUUUUGUUAAAGAAUUUUUAAUCAAUCCAUAUUCUGUGUUUAAAUUUUGUUUUUACAUGCUCAGGUUUUAAUGUAAAUGUGCAAACAUCGUAAAUUAUUUAUGCACACAAUAUUAAAGUUUGCCUAUAA